AUGAAAUUACUAACAAAGCUGCUAAUUUUAACAGCUUUUAUUGGCAUUGCUACAGCGGUAGACUAUUGCUCUCCUCGGUUGUGUCGAAAAGGCCUUACGCACAUUGCGUGUAAUAAUAAUGGGACAUUUUCCACUAACUGUCCAGCAGAUGCUACCAUUUCCGUAAUAACACCCACAAUACAGGACGUAAUUGUUAGUGGACACAAUGAAAAAAGAAAUUUCAUUGCGGGCGGAGGUGAUGCCAACCACCUGUCAGCAUGUCGUAUGGCAACAAUGCAAUGGAAUACCGAACUAGCCUCAAUGGCUGAACUCAAUGUUCGCAAAUGCACGAUGCAACAUGAUAAAUGUCGUAAUACAAAUACAUUUUUAUAUUCGGGACAAAAUCUAAUAACUAUUGGCUAUUAUGGCAAAGCAAAUGUAACCAGAAUGUUCGAAAAGGCCAUGAAUGUAUGGUACGAUGAAGUGAAAUAUAGUAAUAUGGAUUUUAUACAGAAAUAUCCCGCAAAUUACAAUGGAAAAACUGUUGGCCACUUCACGGUAAUGAUGGCAGAUCGCAAUGUUCGUGUUGGCUGUGCAGCAGCACAAUAUUCCAAAGUGGGAGUUUCUUUUAAAAUAUUUUUAAUUGCUUGUAAUUAUGCCACCACCAAUAUGAUUGAUUUCCCCAUUUAUGCUAAUUGUAGUUUGGCGGCAAGUGGCUGUGUCACCGGCAAAAAUCCUCAAUAUCCCAAUUUAUGUUCUAUAGCGGAAGGAUAUAAAGUUAAUACAUGGUUUUAA